AUGGCUGAUAUCUUGCUAAUAAAAUCUAAACCAACACCGCAGCAAUCGAUUAUUGAAGCAAAAAAUAAACUUCGGAAAUAUAUCCAGCCGGAAAUACCAAAAUCUUUCGCACCUAUUCGCUUGAGUUUUCUAGGCAACUGGUGCUUUAAACCGGAAACAUCCAUCAUGCCAUGUGAAACACAAUUGUUGGGCAGAGGAGCAAUGCAAGGUGAGACUACACAAAAGCACGAUUACACUUGGAAGCGCAUGAUGCGACCGACAGAGUUUCGACCUGAGAACAAUUUUACUUUCUCACCCUUGCCACUGGAAUCCUGCACGAUUCAUAAAUUGUCUUAUAUACCGAAUGAUCACGAAUGCUUACUGCCUAUUCAAUCGUACGCGCCUAUACAUAAGUACCAGCCAUCCGAUAUUGCGAUGGAAUCUGAGACUACGAUGAAAUUGAGUUAUCAGCCGAUAGAGCCAACGAAUCAAAUCGAGAAACCAUGGGCUAAAACUGCGCCCUAUUAUUCACCUGUCAAUCCUAUGGAGGAUAAUACUACGUACAAUCUAAGUUAUAUGCCACCUGGAACACUCGUCCCCCUGAAUCCUUGUUCUGCUUCUUACUCCUCUGUUAACAAAUAUAUAAAUAUGCGAAUCAUCACAGACUCACAUGCAAUUAUUAGAACUAAAAAUAUUUCCAUAAGUACAGCAUUAGCAAUGAUUCUGGGAUUGGCAAUGGCGCAAGAUCAAAAUUACCAUGGACGCAACUAUCAACAGGAUGAUGAACAACAUCAAGCUGACAGCAGACGACCUACGAGCACCACGCCCAUCCCAAUCUUACAUUGGAACAAACAGCAGGAACACGAUGGAACUUAUAAGAUAGGUUACGAAACGGGCAACAAUAUCAUUGCUGAAGAAAGUGGGUACAUCAAGACUAUUGGCGAAGGUGAAGACCGGGCGGAGGCGAUCGUGCAACAAGGCACCUUCUCAUACACGAGUCCCGAGGGACAGCUGAUCACCAUUCACUAUACCGCCGACGAGACCGGCUUUCACGCGCAGGGCGAUCAUAUUCCCACGCCACCGCCUGUUAGUGAAGAGAUCCAGAAAGGCCUCGACCUCAUCUACGCGGGUAUUCGUCAGCAAGAGGAGGAAGAAGCUCGCGCAGCAGCUCAAAAAGCACAACAGCCUCUGAGCCAGCAAGUCGACAGGCGGGAUGAAUAUAACAGAAAAUACCAAUAGUGAUGCUUCAUAAACAUAGCAUAUUAUAUUCGCAGCAUCAUACCGUUAUUAAGAAAUAGCUAUUAAGUUGUUAAGUUACUUUAUUCUCUCGCGUCUCAAAUACAUUCUUCAUUCUAUGUACAUUUGUAGUAAGAAACAUCGCUUCGGUAAGCUCGA